CAUUUAAGCGCUUAGCAGUAUGUAAUAGUAGCCGAGACCGCUACUGUAUCCCGGUCUUCAAAUGCCCAUAAAGGAUGGUAAGUCGAAGAGGUACCACAAGAUUGGUUUCCUGGGAGAGGGUCAGUUCGCGACAGUGUUCAAGGCUGAAGACACUCACAAUGAUAACAUGAUUGUAGCUGUUAAAAAGAUAAAACUGGGCUGCAGGGCUGAAGCCAAAGAUGGGAUUAACAGGACGGCAGUCAGAGAGAUAAAACUACUGCAAGAAGUCGAUCAUCCUAACAUUUGUGGGUUAUUAGACGUGUUCGGUACAAAGAGCAAUAUCUCGCUUGUCAUUCCUUACAUGACGACCGAUCUCGAGAAAAUAAUCAAGGAGCCGACAAUCAUUUUGAGUCCAGCUGAUAUAAAGAGCUACGUUAUGAUGACUCUAAGGGGACUGGAGUACCUUCACAAGAAGUGGAUUCUCCACAGGGAUAUAAAGCCCAACAACAUGCUGAUCGACUCCAACGGUAUACUGAAGAUAACCGAUUUCGGUUUGGCUCGUACGUUUGGAUCCCCCAGUAAAAAUUACUCGCACAUUGUUGUAACAAGGUGGUACCGGGCACCGGAGCUGUUGUUUGGAGCUCAGUCAUAUGGUACAGGUGUGGAUAUCUGGGCGGUGGGCUGCGUUGCGGCGGAGCUCCUUCAAAAGAAUCCAUUUCUGCCGGGGGAGAGCGAUCUAAACCAACUACAGAGAAUAUUCGAGACGCUGGGCACACCAACGGAGGAAGACUGGCCCGGACUUACUUCACUCCCUGACUAUGUGGCAUUUAAACCCUGCCCUGGUAUACCAUUAUCAGAUAUCUUUAUCGCUGCUGACGAUCAUACCAUCAACAUGUUGCACGAGAUGCUCAGAUUUGAUCCCGCUAAACGUGUUAAUUGUACUCAGGCCCUGCAGUCCAAGUAUUUCUACUCCGACCCUAAACCAACCCAUCCCGAGAAUCUACCAGUUCUACGAGACUGGGAUCAGGAUCCAAGCCCUUCAGAGAUGCUGAUGACUGCUGGAACCAAACGGCCUUUCGGCAGAAUGGCACCUCUUGAUCCCUCGCUGUCUAAGAAACUGUUGUUCUAGAGACGAGUUGUUCAUUAAUAAUUUAGCGACCUUUAUAUAACGCUAAUUUGUCCUGUUAAUGCGAUUAAUGCAACAGUAAACUGGUAAAUAUGGGUCGAAUUUUCUCAUAGUAGCGGCAGAUAUGAUCAAAAUUGUAAUUGUUUAUGUCUAUUUUUAUUUGAAUUUCUUAAAGUUAACUCCUGAUUUCUUACACAGUAAUUUUAACUUUUUCAUGAAAUCCACUGACUAUUAUUUACGAAAGUUCUCCCGACCAAGGUUGAUGAUUCUAAUGUAUUUGAUACUAAAUGUUAUUGUUAAAAACUUUAAACUUGUAUUCUAUAUUCAUGUCUCAUCGCUCCGAAGGCAGACAAUUUGUUUGACCUAUAGUUUUUUACAUGCAUCAAAAUCUGAAUCUACGUGCGUCCCGUUACAUCCAUCUUAAAUAGAAUUCUCUGUUUUUUUCACAGUUCUCCCCGAUCGUGGCUCUCUUGCAUUUUC